AUGGGUGUUCACUCGCUUUGGGAUAUAGUUGGGCCUACGGCCAAACCUGUUCGCCUAGAAUCGCUCACCAACAAGCGUUUGGCUGUCGAUGCAUCUAUCUGGAUAUACCAAUUUAUGAAGGCUGUUAGGGAUAAAGAAGGUAAUGCUAUGCGAUACUCCCAUGUCGUUGGUUUCUAUAGAAGAAUCUGCAAGCUUCUUUAUUUUGGUGUCAAGCCUGUGUUCGUUUUCGACGGUGGGGCGCCAACCCUGAAGAGACGCACCAUCCAACAACGAAAAGAGCGGCGGCAAGGUCGCAGAGAUAAUGCUGCAAAUACUGCCCGCAAGCUUUUAGCGCGCCAAUUACAAAAGGAAAAAUUGCCCAUUGCGGGGAAAGACAUGUCUUCUUCUUCACAGACACAUAUUCAUAAGUUGAAUGAUGAAUACGAUCUACCUAAAAUCCCGGGUUUUAAGUACGAAGCAAGCGAUGCAAGAAUCAAUGCUGACGACUUCAAAACAAUUAUGGACAAUAUUGACGAGCUUGAUGGGGUGGACCUCGAUUCUAUAAAUCCGGCCUCGAAGGAAUUUGAUGAGCUGCCGAAAUCAACACAAUACAUGUUGCUGUCGGCCCUCCGACUGAAGUCUAGACUGAGAAUGGGUUACUCCAGAGAGCAAUUGCAGAGCAUAUUUCCAGAUAGUAUGGACUUUUCGAAGUUUCAAAUAGAUAUGGUUAAGCGGCGCAACUUUUUCACUCAGAAGCUAAUGAACGCUACUAAUACACACGAUGGUGGAGCCUCUAAAUUGGAUCGGGAGCCUAAUAAAAGAGUUGCGGGGCAGCGUCAUAAGGAAUAUGAGUUGAUACGUACAGACAAUGGAUGGACGUUAAGUUUGACAGGCGAUGAUGGGUCGGAGGUCAGUAAAGCCAUUGUAGUUGACGAACGACCUCAAAAAGCGAGUACUCAAGAUCUCAACAGCAACAAUGGUGAGGACGACUCCGAGGAUAUUGACUGGGAGGACAUUGAUUUAGAUACCAAAGAAAGCAAUGAAAACUUAGACUACUCUGUAAAAGCUUCGCUGCUACCAAUUAAAGCAGCAACACUUCAGACGGGUGGAGGCCAGUCUUUCCUGGAUAAAAGACAUUUGGAAACAGGGCCAGAAAUUUCGCGAAAGAUUAUUCACAUACCAGAUGAGACUGUGGAAGGUAACUCUGGAGUAAGUAGUUCAAUUCAUGGUGGCCAGGAUGCGAACGAUGAAGAUGAUGAAUACGCUGACCUAACGAGGGACUUGCAAAUAAUGCAGAGCAUAGCAAGAAAUAAUAGCCCGAAGAUAAAUUCCAACCCUACUACACAAUUGCAUCAGACUGUAAAUCGAUCAGAUCCUUCGAAUAACAGCAAAAUUCAGCGGGACACUGGCGCCGUAUCUGAGUACGAUAAUGCUGCCACAGGAAACUCACAGGCAAUGGAGCCCAGUUCUGGCAGUAAUGAAGGGUCUGGGAGGAGCGAAAAUGAAAAUAAUCGUUUUUACGAGCCAGCUAGGGUCCCAACAGAAUCAGAACAAAAUUUGCAAUUCGUGAUUGAUAAACUGGAGGUACCGGGGGACCGAUCCGGUAAACAGGAAGUUGAAAAGGUUGACAAUCAAGCUCCAGAAUCAACCGAGACUCAGAUUCCGGAAAUUCCAGACUGGUUUAAGUCAAAUGGCCCCUCCGACUUCAAUCCUCACCUUGGGAGCUCUUUUCUCACAAAUGACAGCAGCAAUGGGACUGCUUUUCGGAAUGAUGAUGAGCGAAUUGGUUUAUUCUCUGGAUCUGCCGCAUCUGACUUCAUUUCUGUAAGACGUGUCGAACAGGAUGACCAUGAGAGGAGAAAGGAACCUAACGAAGAUGACGUGUUGGAAGUUUUUCCCAAGUCUCCCAAUUCAAUUUCCGGGAGUCCCUCCGAAGUUAAGGAUCCAAAAGUUGUAGCGGUAGAGGAAGAAUUGCAGAACACACCGGCACCUGUUGUAGAUUACGACUUUUCUGAAGACGAGGAAGACGCGCUAAUUCAUCAAUUAAGGGAGGAAGAACAAGACUAUCAUCUGUUUAAAACAGCUCUCAACCCUACAAGCGCCAGCACAACUUUCAUGGAUGAAGUGCUCACAGAGGAGCAGCUACGUGAUAAGAGAGAUUCCGAUGAAGUCACCGCAGCUAUGGUGGCUGAGGUUCAAGAUCUUUUAACCAGAUUUGGAAUUCCUUACAUGACAGCACCGAUGGAAGCUGAAGCGCAGUGCGCCGAGCUCCUAAUACUCAAGCUAGUUGACGGAAUUAUUACGGACGACAGUGAUAUUUUUCUUUUUGGAGGAGAUAAGGUUUACAAAAAUAUGUUCCACGAAAAGAACUAUGUCGAAUUUUAUCAAAGUGCCAUGAUUUCCAGAGAGUUGGGCUUGGACAGGGAAAAGUUUAUUGAACUAGCUCAACUGCUUGGCAGUGACUAUACAACCGGCGUAAAGGGCAUAGGUCCUGUAUCUGCUAUGGAGAUCUUGGCUGAAUUUGGAGACUUGACAGCUUUCAGAGAUUGGUAUAAUGAAGGACAAUUCAGUAAGCGUGUUCAAGAGAAAGAACCAGAUUUUGAAAAAAAGCUUCGCAGAAAACUCGCAAACGGCGAGGUGAUGUUGAACUCCGAUUUUCCUAGCGAUUUGGUGAAGGAGGCCUAUAUAAGACCUGAGGUAGACCACGAUACGACUAAAUUUUCUUGGGGUGUCCCCGAUUUAGACAGACUAAGGAGCUUUUUCGGGUCCACGGUUGGAUGGCCACAGGAGAAAACAGAUGAAGUUAUGAUUCCAUUGAUCAGAGAGGUCAAUAAUCGUAAGAAAACAGGCAUUCAGAAUAGUUUGUCCAACUUUUUUCCCACGGAGUAUAUAAAGGCUGGUAAGGAUCUCAAAUUGGGUAAAAGGAUCAAGAACGCCAGUGGUAAACUCAAGUUGAAAAAACGCCGUACUGAAUAA